AAUUAUUACUUGAACGUUAACCAAGAGUGUUUGACUAGUUUGGCAAGGAGUUUUGAAAGAGCAUCAGAAAAUGUUACAGUUCGGCAAUUGAAAGUUGAGUUAAGAAACUGUCUCAACCAACAACUGCACUUUCUCUCUCUAUCUCUACAUAUCUAUAUGAACAAUUGAACAUUGUCCUGUGAGUUAUAACUGUUGCUUAACGCCACUCCCAAACCACUUAACUUCUACCUUUACUCUUAACCUUUUCUGUUUCUUUCUGUGACUAAGCAAAUGGAAACUCCUCCUCCAUCUUCACCACCCGAUGCGGCAGAGCCUACGCCGGUGGCCGUACGGAGAGCUUUGGAGUUGCUCCAGCUGAACGACCCCGUUUUGAGGGUCGAAGCCGCUCGGGACAUUCGCCGCCUCACCAAAACCUCCCACCGUUGCCGCCGUCAGCUCCGUCAAGCCGUUGCGCCACUCGUCUCCAUGCUCCGAGUCGACUCGCCCGAGUUCCAUGAACCAGCUCUUCUCGCUCUGCUUAACCUCGCCGUGCAAGACGAAAGGAACAAAAUUAACAUUGUUAAAGCUGGUGCAUUAGAGCCAAUAGUUAGUUUCCUCAAGUCGCAAAAUCCAAAUCUGCAAGAGUAUGCAACUGCAUCAUUGUACACUCUAUCUGUCUCUCCCACCAACAAACCAAUUAUUAGUGCUUGUGGCACCAUUCCUCUUCUUGUGAAUAUUCUUAGAGAUGGAAGCCCGCAAGCUAAAGCUGAUGCGGUAAUGGCGCUCUCCAAUUUAUCAACACAUCUUGAUAACCUAAGCAUCAUUCUUGAAACAAAUGCAAUCACCUUUAUAGUAAAUCUUCUUAAAACCUGUAAAAAGUCCUCAAAAACAGUUGAAAAAUGUGCUGCUUUGAUAGAAUCUUUGGUGGGUUAUGAUGAAGGCAGAACUGCCUUAACAUCUGAAGAAGGUGGGGUUCUUGCAGUUGUUGAAGUUCUUGAAAGUGGCACCCCCAAAAGUAAGGAACAUGCUGUUGGGGCACUGCUAACAAUGUGCCAAAGUGAUAGGUGUAAAUACAGGGAACCAAUUCUUAGAGAAGGUGUUAUUCCAGGACUUCUUGAGCUUACAGUUCAAGGAACCCCCAAGUCUCAGCCAAAAGCACGUACCCUUUUGCAGUUACUAAGAGAGUCACCUUAUUCAAGACCUGAAAAUGAACCUGACACACUAGAGAACAUCAUGUGUGACAUCAUAUCCCAGAUUGAUGGGGAUGAUCAAUCUGGUAAAGCAAAGAAGAUGCUAGCUGAGAUGGUCCAAGUCAGCAUGGAGCAGAGUUUGAGACAUUUGCAGCAAAGGGCACUUGUAUGCACCCCUAGUGAUAUGCCAAUUACAAGUUGUGCUUCUGAAGUUUCUUCAAAAUAAUAGUUGGGGCUCUUCUACUUUGUAUCCUUUUCCUUCUCUUUUUUAAUCUCCCAUCUCCUUUUUUUCCAGUUGGAACUAGUGAAAAAGAAAGAAAAUUGAAAAGGAAAACGACACAAAAAAGAAAUGCCAGUCCAGGCCAUCAUGGAGGUAUCGAGUGACUGGUAAUUGUUAAUAAAGUUGUAACAUGAUAAGAACAUGGAGUUCUAGUAGUUGUUUUGUGGG